AAGAGGUUAGUGAACGGUGGGGCAGCGGCGGCUGCAGAAGCGGCUCCGCCUUGGCUCCGUCCACAGCUCCAGGAGGCGGCCCGCCAGGCGCACCGGACGGCAGCCGAGUCCGGCUGAGGCGGCGGCGGCGGCGGCGGCGGCGGCGGCGGCGGCCCCGCUCCUGAGCCCUGUAUCGGCCCGGCAGCGGCAGCGGCACCGGCUGCGGAACCAGCGUGAUGCCCGGCACGGCGGCGGCGCUGCUGCUGGGUCUGUGCGCCCUGGCGCUCUGUGGGCAGCUGGCCCGCGCGCAAAUCACGGCCACCAACACCCCCCCUGAGGACCUCGACGGCUCCGGGGAUGACGACGAUGGUUUCUCCGGCUCUGGGGCGGGGGCCGUGGCCGUGGCCGAAAGGCCCCUGUUAGACCUGAGCCUGGCGUCCAGGAGGAUGAAGGGGCUCGCCACGACCUCGACCGCCGCUCCGGACAAGCCCGAGAACAGCAGCCGCGAAGCCUCGGGAGAGGGAUUCGCACCGGUGCCGGCCAGGAGGCCCGAGGAGGAGCCCCCCCCGGAGCGGCCCCCAUCGUCUCCCGCAGCGACGCUCCCCUCCACCCCCCGGCCUCCUCCCACCCUGGGAGCCACCGGGGCCCCGCCGGGGGCCCCCCAAACCCCCAGCCCCGGAGACGAGGGCUCCUCGGCCAGCGGCCAGGCGGAGAGAGGCUCCGGCCAGCACCCCGCGGAGGAGAGCUCGGGGAGCGGGAGCGAAGACUUCACCUUCCUGGCGCCCGGAGAGCCCGGGCUGUCCGUGGAGACGAGCCCCACCGAGGGAGCGGCCGGCAGAGGGACCGCGGGGGCCUCCCGGGGCCUCCUGGACCGCAAGGAGGUUCUAGGAGGGGUCAUCGCCGGCGGCCUCGUGGGCCUGCUCUUCGCCGUCCUCCUGGUGGGAUUCAUGCUCUACCGGAUGAAGAAGAAGGACGAGGGCAGCUACUCGCUGGAGGAGCCCAAGCAGGCCAACGGCGCCUACCAGAAGCCUCAGCGGCAGGAGGAGUUCUACGCCUGAAGGGCCGCCGCCGGCCUCCCCUCACCGGGCUCCGCUCCGGUCUGGUCCGCUCUGGCCGGGCUCGGCCGAGGCCGGAGCCCAGGCCUGACCGCUCGGCGCUGGGUCUACCCGCAGACUUGGGGUGGGGUUGGGGGGCCUCCAGAACAGCGAGAGCCCCGGCCGGCCUCCGGCCUCCUCCCGCCCCCGGACCCCGGCCGGCCUCCAGCCCCCCGGUGGCCCCGAUGACUCUUUUGCACAUUCCAGUGUCGCCCGCGGCGGCCCCUCGGCCGGGCUUUGUGACUUCGGGCCCAGGUUGGCGCCGCCGCCGCCGCCUCGAGUCCGCAGAGCCCGGCCAGCCUCCGCCCGCUUCCCGCGCGGCUCGGAGGACCGACGGCGCCCGGGCGGGGGCUGCUCCGGGCCGUCUCUGGCCUCGGCAAAGUUCUACUGAAUCGGCGGGUCUCCACGCUCGCUCCGUGGGUUUUCGUGUCAUAAUAAACUUUUAAUAUAACGUA